AAACUGUGGCCGCGGAGCUGACGAGUUCGAGUAUACAGAUAACAUUUCAACCAACGGAUUCAGAUGUCCGAAGAUCACCAAAAACUGCAACGGCUUCCCUUCUACAUCCCGUUCGUGUUGGCAGCGGUUUGAAAUCGGACGAAAAUCGCGAAUAACGAGCGUUUUCUGCAACAACGAAUUAUCGCCGUGUCCUUCGGAUCUCAGCUUCCCGACUACCGAUUUCAUUGAAAUCGGGCUCAAACGAAAGCUCGUCCCCGAUUUGUGUGAGAAAAGUGGUUCCAGAUUUGCUGUAACUUCGAUAAUAUGGGGAAUAUUUGACAAAACGGAAAUCCCCACUACCGCCUUCGAGUUUUCUAGUUCAAGAUACUUUCGAUAUAGAGCGAGUCUCAUUGAUCUGGCCAAAGAGACGAAGGAAAAAAAAGGAAGAAAACGAGUUACCAAAUAUCAUCUGCGUCGAUGAGGUGGGCGUUCCCUUUGGAUGGUGGGCGUGGACGCUCCGCCCACAAAAUAACUAGGACACGCCCACAUUGGACAGAAACUCAUAGGCCCGAUGCCCUCUCCUUUUUCGAGGUGAUUGUCCAGGGCAGUAACAGACCCGCAGUCAACGGCUGCACGACGUUCCCGGUCGCCAGGAGGUCCCGGUGUCCUCUUCGCAUCUCUUCAUCCCGCUAAUUAAUCACUAUCCCGACUGUAACAACAGCUGACCGAUCGAGCUUUUGGCGAAAACGGACGAAUAAACGAACGAAUCGAUGAACGAACGGAUGGCCAAUAGCCCGAUCGCUAAUCGGAGUAUCUGAAAAUCGCGACGACCGGAGUGUUCUUGUUUCAAAUUACACGUGAGAAAAGUGCGAGGUUUUUUGAGUAUAUUACAAAUGGCGACGGAAUCUUUGAUUCCUGUAAAUUUUUACGUGAUAUACAUAUGCGUGUACAUGUAAUACAUAGAUGUAUGUACGCGUAAGAUGUAACGCAACUGAAGUACAUAACAACGGUAUAUAUUUUACAGCGGGUUGCAUACGAAAGUAUAUGAAUAAUUUCAUGUACUGCUUUGCAAAUUAAAAAGCAAAAAACAGGAAACACGAAUCAACGGGAUAUCUGUACAUACUAUAUGUAUGCGAUCGAGUAUAAUUGUAUCAAAAGUGCCAUGAGUGCGGUGCGCGUUAUUUGUGCAAACAACGUUGAUAUAUAUUCAGUGAGGUAUAUAAUGUUGACCAAUUAACGGCUUGAGAAAAGAUUAGCCCUACGAAGAAGUAGAAAAAUUAAAUAUAUAUAUAUAUAUGUACGUACGUUAGAUAGUGAAUAUAUACACAUGCACACAAGUGUUGUUCGUUGCAAUUAGUUAUUUAAAUAAGUGCAGCGAUAGACGAAAUAAAAUAAAUCAACAAAACAACAAAAAAAAGAAGAAGAAGAAGAAUUAUAGGCAAGGCAUCCGUGCAGCGGGACUUGCAUGCCCAUAUACCUGGGUAUAUAAGUGCAUACCUAUCUAUAAAAAGCUAAAAUAUAAUUAAUUGUGUUAUCAAUAAAAUUGUGCAAUGGAUAUAAUAUAUUAUAAUAACGAUAACAAUAAAACUUGAAAGAGCAACAAUCCGAUAAAAGCAAAUUAAAUUAAAUUGAACAAAAGAGAAAGAAAAAAAAACCACCUAUUUACCGGACAAAAAUAAAUUCAUUAGUAUAUAUGCAUUACGUAUCGAGGAAAAGAGUAUUCGAGUGAAUUAAUGAUUAUUCAUACGUGUGAUCUUAUUACGAAGUAAAAGAGAAAAAAAAAAUAAAAUUAAAAAAACAAGUAGAUCGGGGGGGUCUGUGGUUGAAAUAAUCACACACAGCAUAGUUGGUACAUAAAAUAAUCUUAUCGUGCAAAGUAAUUGGAUCUCCUUAUACAUACAUAUACAUAUAAUACAUAGAUACGGUACAUAUACGGAAACUGCUUCGUGUCAACAGAUUUUUCUAUCAACCAAAACGUUGUAUCGCAACCAGAACAUAAUAAUUACCGCAGUCGAAUGUAGACCUUGGAUUCUAAUUCGUACAUACCUCUACAUAUAAAAUACCGUCGGACGAAUCACCGUUGCAGCUAUACAAUUAUACACAGAAGAUAUAACCGCAGGAGCUCUGUAUAUACACACAUCAAAUAUAUAGGGUGAGAUAAAACGGAUAAUGUUUCACGGAAGUAGUAGCACUGGGUACGGCUCAGGUUCCGAUUACCAACAACAAUCGCAACAACAGCAGCAGCAGCAACAACAACAACAGCAACAACAGCAACAACAACAGCAACAACAGCAACAACAGCAGCAACACAAUCAGCAACUUCAGGCUCCCGUUUAUGUCCCGUCUUCGAGACCGACUCUGGCAUCGGCAGCGGCAGCGACCGCAGCCGCCCAAUACCAUUCCUUCUCGACUUCGGCCUCGCCUGCCUGGGACAAAACAACCUCGUGGCAGCACGGGGUCGAUUCUUACGCGGCGCAUCACGCCCUGACCGGCCAUUCCGGAACGUCGAGCGGAGGAAUCGGCGGUCCCCAUGGUCCUCACGGUCCUCACGGACCUCACACGGGUCAUCCUCAUCCCGCGCAUCCUCAUUCGACCCUAGCGGCGGCGGCAGCUGCGCCAUUUUACGCCCAAAACGUCGCGAUGAUGUCCUCGUGGAGAGCUUACGACGGCAGCGGAUUUCAGAGGGCAUCGCCGUACGAUACGGCGAUGGAUUUUCAAUUCGGCGAAGGAAGGGAAUGCGUGAAUUGUGGCGCGAUAUCGACCCCCCUGUGGCGGAGGGACGGGACGGGUCAUUACCUGUGUAACGCUUGCGGUCUUUAUCACAAGAUGAAUGGAAUGAACCGUCCAUUAAUCAAGCCAUCGAAACGCCUCAUCUCUGAAUUUCAGACCGCCACGCGCCGUCUGGGUUUGUGCUGCACAAACUGUGGCACUAGAACGACAACGUUAUGGAGACGCAACAACGAAGGUGAACCCGUGUGCAACGCCUGCGGUCUUUAUUUCAAAUUGCACGGUGUGAACCGACCCCUGGCGAUGCGAAAAGAUGGAAUACAAACGCGGAAACGAAAACCGAAGAAAACGCCCGAGCCGAACGCGAGGCCGUCGGGUGCCGACCACGAAACUUCCACAUCGACGACCUCCUCGCCGUCCGGAGCAGCCGAGUUGAAACCGAGUCAGCGACAACAACAACAACAACAACAACAACAGCAACAACGAUCUCAGCAGCAACAGCAACAACAACAGAUAGAAUCCCCGAAAGUAACGCAUUCGACGGUAACGUCAUCUGACCGUCCGGUUUACUUGGGUCACACGUCUUUGUUGUCGAGUAAUAACAACACGGGUACAGUAGCAACGGUGAAAACUGAACCGCGAGGUAGUUGCGACGGUGUUAUCAGUCAGCAGUACGCUUCUUACUAUCAACAUCCCCAUCAAUUGGGAACGACAACAUCCCUCGGUGAACAUCAACAACAAAGUUAUUACGGUACGCAAGAGGCGCCGUACCAUCAUCAACAUCACGUCACAGCCGCAGCGAAAUUACUCGCUUCGUCGUAAGGCCAUAAUUGAUUAAUCAAUCGAUUAAUUGAUUACUAUGUCAAUCGAUCGAGUAAUUAAUUAGUUGAUUAAUUAAUUUCAAUCGAUUGAAUUAAUCAAUCGUGCAUGAGUAUCAUCGUCGCAUAGUUAUAUAAAUUCACUUACAUAUAGUAUAUGCCAUAUACAUGUUACAUUUCAGCCGUGAUUUAAUUUAUUUUUAAUAACACAAUAGAGAUAAAAUCGUAUAAACUAACUCUUAUUAUACAGUAUUUUUUUUUUUUUGUUUUUUUUUUCUUUUCUUUCUUUUAUUUAAUUAAAUUGGACAUGAAGGAAUUCAAAUCAAAAAUCAAAUAUCCAAACUGCUCGCCAUAUAUGUACCGACAUUGAAAAAAAAAAUAUAUAU